UUCGGAUUCCGCUACUCUUUCUUUCACCUAACUCUCCUUAGUCCUUUCUAUACUCCUGAAAUCCACCUCGUUCAGCGACGGAGCCUUCAACGCUCUCUCUUUCUCUCUCUCACACACACAGACACACGCACUCACACAUAUCUGAUCCGAAUCUCGAAAAUGCAGAGCUCUGCAAUUUCAUUUUCGCCGUCGAUUUCUCUUACCAAGCCUAGAAAGCCUUCAAAUUCAAACCACCCCAGCUCUUUCUAUGGAUUUAACCCUAUAUCUCAAUUGUCGCCUUCGAGAUCACUUGGUUUUGGCUCUGUAGCGCUGUCUCGUCGACUGCCUUCAAUCAGUUGUUCGUCUUCGUCGAGACCGAAUGAUGGAUGGAUUUCGGCUCCUUCGCUUGUGCCGGAACGCGAAUCGGAAGGUGUUGAGGUCAGGGCAACGUCGGUGCCUGAGAGCGCUGGAGAGGUUCCCAAGUCGAAAGCAUUGCCUGAUACAUUGGUGCUCGGGUCGUUGUUUGGAUUUUGGUACCUUUUCAACAUCUACUUCAAUAUCUACAACAAGCAGGUUCUGAAAGUCUUUCAAUAUCCAGUAACUGUCACUUUGGUUCAAUUUGCUGUUGGGACUGUCCUUGUUACGUUGAUGUGGAUGUUUAAUCUCUACAAACGGCCUAAGAUCAGUGGUUCACAGCUUGCAGCUAUCCUUCCAUUGGCAGUGGUGCACACGUUAGGCAACCUUUUCACUAACAUGAGUCUUGGAAAAGUUUCUGUUUCGUUCACUCACACGAUUAAAGCUAUGGAGCCCUUCUUCUCCGUUGUCCUCUCUGCUAUGUUUCUUGGAGAGUUUCCUACCCUCUGGGUAGUUUCUUCCCUUGUCCCAAUUGUUGGUGGAGUGGCUUUGGCAUCAAUGACUGAGGCCUCUUUUAAUUGGGCUGGGUUUUGGAGUGCCAUGGCUUCCAAUUUGACGAAUCAAUCCCGCAAUGUCCUCAGCAAAAAGUUCAUGGUUAAGAAAGAGGAAUCGUUGGAUAACAUUACACUCUUCUCGAUAAUAACAAUUAUGUCCUUCAUCUUGUUGGCACCUGCUGCCAUUUUUAUGGAAGGAGUCAAGUUCACUCCUGCAUACCUGCAAUCUGCUGAAUUGAAUGUCAGACAGAUAUACACUAGGUCUCUCAUUGCUGCUCUUUGCUUCCAUGCAUAUCAGCAGGUUUCUUAUAUGAUAUUGCAGAGGGUAUCUCCAGUUACCCAUUCUGUGGGUAACUGUGUGAAGCGGGUGGUGGUGAUCGUUACCUCCGUUCUCUUCUUCCGCACACCUGUUUCACCUAUCAACUCUGUUGGUACUGGAGUGGCCCUUGCUGGAGUGUUUCUUUAUUCAAGGGUGAAGCGGAUUAAGUCAAAGCCCAAGACAGCUUGAACUUCUUUAAUUGAAAAUUUUUUGCUGGUAACUUUAUUGGUAGUUUUUCCUUUGAAGUAAACUUUGUUUUUUAUUAAGAUAAUCAACAUUGGCAUAUUUAGGAUUUUAGUUGUAUUUUCAGGCAGGGAUCUCCACUAGACUUCCCUUUUUUCUUUUUGUUCCUUUUAUUCGGGGGCGGUUUAUUAUUUUCUUGAUCCCAAUGAUUAUCGGCUAGAAAUGCGAUGAUCUUGGAUGACAAUGAUCCAUGUCUGGUGUUAAAACUUGGUUAAAUUGUAUUUUCGAAAACACAUAAUGUAUCGUCUACCGAUUUUGGGGAAUAAUUUUGGACAAAAUGGGGGGAAAAUGGAAAUGCAAGUGAUUCAUGGUAGCAUGGUACAUUGAGCUGUGCAUAAUCCUUUGCAUAUGUACAUGUUGCUAUCGGUGGAUUGAGCUGGUCUAAAGUAUGUCUCUAAAGGGACAAGGGUGAUUAGUCCCUAGAGGUGCAAGAAGGGGU